GCUGCUGAGAGGAGGAAGUCAAGCCAACUCUCAGAGAGGCACUGUACCACAACUAAUGACACGUUUUGGAUUUAGUCUACUUCAAACCCAAAUCAAUGGCAGGGAAAUAUUUGCUUCAUGAAGGAUUCUUAAAGAAGAGGAAAGAUAUUCUGAAGUUGACGUGGGCAACAUACUGGUUCAGGCUCCAGAACACAACACUAUUCUUCUACACUAAAAAAGAUGGAAGUGCCCUGCACCUCAGAGGGCUCUACUACAUCUACACUGUGCAGUCUGUCCGCGAGGUCCAGAAGGAGGGGACAAAGCACUAUGUGUUUGAGAUCACCAUGACGAAUGGGAGGAAGAAAGUGCUGGCUGCAGAAACGGCUGCUCUGAGGACGGAGUGGAUCCGUCACCUCUGGAGGGCGAUGCACAUGACCUCUCCAGGGGGAACUGACCCUGGCAGCUCAUGGCAAGAGGAGUGUGACUGCAUCUAUGACUCUCCAGUCUCUGCCCAUCCACUCUCCUAUGAGGACCAGGACCAAGACCAAGACCAAGACCAAGACCAUGACCAGGACCAAGGAAACUGGAGCCUGUCAGUGUCCUCCUAUGAGGGUCUCAGCAAUGAGGAGGCCAUUUACCAGAACACCGUCUCAUCUCAUAUUUCAUUUUCUGAUGAAAGGGACCACCACUGCAGGCUCGAUCUGCCAAGGGGGAGUUGUGAACAGACAACAGAGGUGGUGGAGGGAGUCUAUGAUGUUCUACCUGCCAGAAAUUCUUCGUAUCAAAUUAACCAAUCCAGACCAGACAUGACACAGCGAGAAAGCCUCUAUGAUGUGCCUCUCAACAACAGACGGGCCAGUGAGCGCCGAGCAUACAGAGCAGAGGUUACUGAGAGUGUCUAUGACGUGCCAAACUCCUUACUGAGGAAAAGGUCUGAAUACACAUCAGAGCCCCACUCUGGGAAAGAACCACAGGCUGUAGGACAUCUGGAGGACAUGAUGGCCUGCCUGGGAGUAGACCGUAGACCCAGUGGGGGAGGGCCUGGCGGGCCAGGGAGGGAUGCUAUGUGAGGCCAGAGGGAGAAGGUUCUGUGGAGCCCCACAAGCUAAAAGACUUCUAAGGCCCCCCGGCAUAGGCCUGGGCUGGACGAACAACCAUGUGCUCUUAAAUUCUGAUUUGUGGCAUGUGUAGCUCUUAUGCUUUUUUCAUAUGGAAGCAAUGUACAUUUUUAGAAUCUAUUCUGAAGAUCUGAAUCAAGGGAAUUUUAUUGCAUUGGAUUGCAAUGGAGACAAAGCACAGACACGGAACCAUAUUAUUAUUAUUACCUUUUAAAUACACAAGCAAACACAGAUACUGGGACUUUCCAUGUAAGUGGUUGAAGCAUUUUCAUAUACCUGUACACAGACGUGAACAUUGUAUAAUGUACAUAGAUUAAAAUGACAAAUAUAAUAGGCAUCACUCAUAGACAGUAGCAGCCAUAUUUGUAUAAGAUAUAGUGUGAAUUGAUGAAUUCAUUUCAGAUGUUAGCAUGUUUGUAAGUGAUUUGGUUUGUUCUAUAAUAAAGCAAGCUUGCAGCACAA